AUUUUUCAAUUGAUUACCUCUGCGAACGGCACAAAAAAUGCUGUAAUAUUCGAGAUCACACAAUGUUCGCGUAGAAUUAAUUCAAUCAAACUGUUGCAACUACAAGAAUGUAUUACAAAGUAAGCGCAAGCCGAUGCGCAAGCGCAUGUCCAGUGACCUUGCAAUCGAUGCUGCACGUUCGGCUCGUGUAGUUUUCGAGAAACCUUGUCAUCGUGAACAUGCCAAGUGCACGAGACGAACACGACUCCAACUAUCAGCGUGACAUUCAAAAUAUUUUCAAGCUGAACAACUGGAUUUUAGGCUCGAUCGGCAUUUGGCCAGUCGCGAUUUGCGGUAUCGGGCGACAUGCGUCCAAAAUCAUGAUCGCGAUUUGCAAUCUCGCGUUUAGCUUCGCGUUAGUACCGUGCGCUUUACAUAUUAUCUACGACGAAAAGGACGUCAUUAUGAGACUGAAGCUAAGCGGCCUGCUGGCCUUUUGUCUUACAGCAAUGACGAAAUACUGCAUCCUCUGCAUACGUCGUCCUAAAAUACUGCAGUGCAUCGAAUGCGUGAAGAGUGACUGGUGGCAGGUGACGUUCAGCUCUGAUCGCGAAGUGAUGCUAAAAUAUGCUGCCAUUGGUCGCAAUUUAACAAUUAUCGGAGCAUCAUUCAUGUACACCGCUGGCAUUAUUUAUUACAUGAUUCUGAUUCCAUUCUUUUCCGAGCGCAAAAUCAAUAAUCAAACCAUCAGACCGUUAGUGUAUCCGGUUUACAGUGAAUUUCGUCAGUCUCAAAUUAGCCCAAUAUAUGAAAUUGUAUAUGUAGCUCACUGCAUGUGCGGAUAUACGAUAUAUUCGGUGACAGCUGGUGCGUGCGGUCUUGCCGCCUUAUUUACCACUCACGCAUGCGGCCAGAUCGAAAUGAUCGUAUCGCGAUUGGAAGAUCUCCUAGAUGGUGAAAGGUUCAAGCAAGGUCCAAAAAUUCAUCAACGAAUUGCUGCCGUUGUGCAAGAUCACGUUCGAAUACUAAGGUUUGCAAUUGUUGUGGAAGAAGUUUUACAAGAAGUAUGUUUAGUAGAAUUUACUAGUUCUGUAUGCACGAUAUGUUUGCUCGAAUACUACUGCAUAGUGGAUUGGCAACAAAAUAAUAAACUUAGUUUAGCGACUUAUUUUCUGCUCUUUGUUUCAUUCUGCUUCAAUGUAUACAUAUUAUGCUAUAUCGGCGAGCUUCUAAUGGAAAAGAGCAGUCAAAUUGGAUAUAUAUGUUAUAUGAUUAAUUGGUAUCAAUUAUCGCCAAAAGCAGCUCGCAAUCUUAUAUUGAUAAUCGCUAUGGCGAGUCAUCCUAUAAAACUCAGUGCUGGUAGAAUGGUAGAUUUAUCAUUAUCAACUUUUGGAAAUGUAUGUAUGUGUAAGCAUACAGGUGUAGGCAUACAGGCAGAUCAUAUUUACAAGACAUUAUAUAAUUCUAAUUUCGAAUCUGAAAUUGCACUUCAAGUUUGAAAUAAGAUAAUUAUAUGAAAAACAAAUUAAUAUUCCAAAAAUUAUUUUAUGUCACGUUUGCAUAAUAAUCUAAGAAUUAACUUUUUAUAUUCAACAAUUUUAAUAUUUAGAUAAAAUUACAAAAGAUUAAAUUAUGACUGAAAAAAGUAUCAUAUUAUGUUAUAAUAUAAUUAUUCUAGGUGUUAAAAACUAGCGUGGCAUAUCUGAGCUUCCUGCGAACGUUAGUAAUGUAAAUAUAAUCAGAUUAUGUGACAUUAUAAGAAAGAAAUAUAUAGAAAUUGUUAUAUAUAUAAAAUAAUU